AUGUUAAUGUAUUACAUUUUGUUUUAAUUUUUCUUAAAAUAACGCUUAUGAGGCAUGAGCGUAUAUUAUUAUCUAGAUUCUAGACUCGUUCUAGGAACAAGACUGUUAUUAUUAUUAAUAUUUAGUAAUUAGUUGCUUAUACAAAAUAUACGGGAAUUACCCAGCUCGGUGAUCGUGAAUAACAACACACUCCUCCCUUGACCGGCCCAUCGGUAAAUAAUACGUAGCUAUGUCAUUAUAGUUGGCCAAAUUCGUCGAUUAUUAUUACGUUUGUCACAAUAUUUUGUUACACAGACCACAGUGUUAACUGUCGUCCCGUUAUUCGUGUCGCGUACAGUCAUACUGUGUGCGCAUUAUAUAUUUUUAUGACUGUCUGCUAUAAAUUGUGAUUGUGAUAAUGUCUAAUAAAAGAAAAAUAACCACAUAUUUUACUUGCUCUACCAAGUCUCCCAUAAAACACGCGAAUGAAAAAAAUAGUAAGAUACCUAAGAUCAUUACAGAAAAUGAAGUUGUGGACUUGCCGGCUGUUGAUUUCAAUGUCCAUGAUAUUGGCUGUUAUAUUAACAGUACUUUGACUGAUGCUGAUAGAUAUUUGAUUCUUAAAGAUGUGUGGAUACCACCAGCUACAUAUACAUAUCCUUUACUCGAUUGUAAUGCCAAGAGAGGCUUAAAGUUCAAGCACCAUUGGCUGAAUGCUCAUAACUGGCUGGCAUAUUCUGAAAAGUACCAAGGUGCUUUUUGCAAAUUCUGUGUUGUAUUUUCAAAAGUUGGUGGCGUUGGUGGUCAAAAAUUAGGAACCCUGGUAGUGGAGGCUUUUACUAAUUACAAAAAAGCUACAGAAGUGUUUAAGAAACACGGAAAUUUAGAAUACCAUAAAACAGCUUUGCUUAAAUCUGAUAACUUUUUAAAUGUUUAUUCAAAUAAAAGUUCUUCAAUAAUAAAUCUUAUUGAUAGUGAAAGAACAAAACAGAUUGAAAUAAAUCGAAAGCGUUUAAUCCCAAUUAUUGAAUGCAUUAUGUUAUGCGGCCAACAGGAAAUAGCAUUAAGAGGUCAUAGAGAUUAUGGUCCUAUUUGUUUCAGUCGUGAAUCAAAUGAAAAUGAAGGGAAUUUUCGUGCAAUAUUAAAGUAUAAAGCUAAAGAUAUAGACUAUAUGAAAUCUUAUUUAGAAACAGAGUCUAAAAACAAAUAUAUUAGUAAUCGAACACAAAAUGAGAUAAUAGAAACAUGUGGAGAUAUUAUUUUAAAAAAAAUUGUUAAAAUUGUUAAUGAAUCAGGUUUCUUUUCCGUGUUAGUCGAUGAGACUACAGAUGUAUCAGUAAAAGAGCAACUCACUUUAUGUGUCAGGUAUUUAAGUGGAUCUGGAGAAAACGUUUGCAUAAAUGAGAGCUUUUUGAAAUUCAUAGAAGUUCAAAGUCUUACAGGAGAAAAUUUGACUAAAGUUAUUCUCAAUGGUUUAAAUGCUUGUGGAAUUGACUGUAAUAACAUGGUAGGUCAAGGUUAUGAUGGUGCGAAUAAUAUGUCUGGACAUCUAAAAGGUGUUCAAACUGUUAUAAGGGAUUCAUACCCUAGAGCAUUAUAUGUGCAUUGUGCUGCUCAUAGCCUCAAUUUAGCAGUAUCUAAAGCUAGUAAUAUUCAGCCUAUUAGAAAUUGCUUAGGCAUUAUAGAAAAAAUGUAUAGCUUUUUUAAUUCUCCUAAACGCCAAAAUGUGCUUUUAAAUAAAAUUAAAGAAAGUGAUCUAGACCCAAAUGUAAAAAGCUUAAAGCGUUUAUGCGCAACAAGAUGGGUUCAGAGAUAUGAAGCUGUAAAUGAUUUUAUAGAACUUUUUAACUUUGUAGUGAUAUCCUUAGAAGACAUUUCUAGUUGGAAAGAUACUGCUGCAACUGAUGCUUCUAUUUUAAUUAGAGCGCUUGAUUCUGAAUUUUUGGUAUCACUUCAAAUUGUAAAUGUAUUAUUUUCUUAUGGUUUACCAUUAUGUAAAUUACUACAAAGUAAAGGCAUUGAUUUAAAGGAAGCUAUAGAUCUUGCAGGUGAUAAUGUUACCGUACUUAAAAACUUAAGAACUAAUAUUAGUACAGAAUUUAAUAAAAUGUUCAAAAAAGCACAGGAAAUGGCUGAAUUCUUGGAUUUUCAUAUUAAAAUUAAACGGAUUAAUAAGAGACAGAUAUACAGAGAUAAUCCAAAUAUAACAGAUGAUGGUUCUACACCCGAUCCUGAGCAAUAUUUCCGAGUAUCUAUAUGUCUCCCUUAUAUUGACUUCUUUAUAAACCAAUUGGAGGAUAGGUUUUUGGCACAUCGUAGAAUUUUUGGAGUUUUGUUUUAUAUUUUGAUAAAUAAUAGUUGAA